CUCGCAUCCUCUUAUUCUUCCCAGAAGCAGCCCUGCGGAUUAACCUUCGCAAAUAUUUUCACUGUGUUGGUUUUAGCGUCUUGUGCCGUCGUCUCUCCAAUAUCUGGGGGAACGGCUGAUUAUAGAGUGAUAAGCAGGUGAGGAUGAACGUGGGUGGGAUCGAACACAUGACAUCGUGGGCGGCGCGCAAGUACGGCCGGCUGGUGUUGGCUAGUGGCCUGUCCACCUUCCUGAUGGUGAACCUGACCCUGCACGCAGGCGCCGGUCUCCAGUACUACUGCAGCCACGAGUGCCUGGAGGACCUGCUGGAGGGGCCCCUCCCAUCACUGGACCGGGACGCCAUCUUCCACAUUCAGAAGUACUGGGUAGACCCGCCAGCAUCGCGGGGCGCCUACAAACCUCCCUUCCCCCUAGAGAAGCCUCCGUGGGGCACCAUGGGUAAUUGGGGCGAGGCUUACAAGUUCAUCAACACGUACUUCAAAAACUAUCAGCGGCCCGGCACAUUCCUUGAGAUCGGCGCACAGGACGGAGAGUUCAUGUCGCUCACUCUCUUUGUGGAGCAAGAGUUAGGGUUCCGGGGGCUGCUGGUGGAGCCUAACCCAGUGGACUACACGGCUCUGAGGGACAAUCGGCGCGCCUCUGCCUCCAUCAAUGCCUGCGCCACGCCCCGUGGCGGGCACCGCAAGGAUACCUUGUGGCUACGGCACAUACCAGACAACCUGCCGCCACUGCUUCGCCGCAUGCAGGCUGGCAACAACAGACUCUACGAAUACGUGUCCAGUGAGGACCGUGACUUGGGGCAGACGGUGGAGGUGCAGUGCUUCAACGCUGGCGCCUUGGCGGUGGCCGGCCUGGGUACCACGAGGAUCGACUUGCUGGUGAUCUCCACACACGGUGGCGAGAUGGAUAUCCUCGACUCCAUUCCUCUCAGCGUGCACUUCAGGGUGGUGGUGGUGGUGGUGCCCCUGGCCACAACGGAGGAGUGGGACCAGCUCAAGAGGAUGGCGGCGAGGCGAGGGCUGACGCAGGUGUUUGACAAGUAUAACAUUCACAUUCUUCUUCCCAGCAACGAAGUGAAGAUCGUGUGAGAUUUAAACAUUGCUACCAUCUUUCUUGUAUGUGUGUGCAUGUAUAGUCAACAGCAGUAAACGUUCUGCAACUCCUGGUCUAUAUGAUAAUUCAGUGCCGACAUAUAUCACAUCCUACU